UUCAUAAAAUAGACUUAGACAGCAUAGACAAGACUGAAAAGAUAUUCAAAAUUUCUGUUGUGAACGAACCGCGAGAAAUGUUGGUGGCCAGCGAAUUUCAAACGCUCUGCAGUGACCUGUUCUCAGACUCCAUGACCCACGUCUGCUCGGCCAAGGUGCCGGAAUCCCUGACCAAGAAGUAUCGCAACCGGAUGAUAAGCCCCAAGGAUCCGUAUAGUAUCUACCAGUUGGAUAGUCGAAACACCAGCUACCUGCUGGUCUUUCAUUUCGAGGACAUGCCCGAUUGCCAGACCAUCCAACUGACCGAUGUGCACAACCUCAACUGCCAGACGAACACUGGUGAAUCGAAGAAUCUGUACUUCGGCUACAGCCACCGCAUGUGCUAUAACUAUACGAUGGACCUGACCUCGGCUCUUAAGGAGCAUUGUGGCGCCAGGGGCUAUGAGGAGAAUAUGCAGUCGGGUUAUUAUUACACCAACCACGAUCCAAACCCGGAUAUCAGAAGCGAAGUAAACGCCGGUGCUUUGAUGGGACUCCCAACUCUUUUAAUAUGUCUGAUUAUAUCCAUCUUAUUGCUCGCAAUUCUGCACUGGAAGACAUCCCGUUUGUAGGGCAGGUACAUCUGAUUUUU